UCACUUGAAUAAUAACGCCCCCAACACCUGAUUAUCACGAAUCCAUGUUAGAGGAAUCAUGAAAGCUGACAAACACAUUACAAAAUUAUUUAACUCUUUCCUUCUCCAUUUCUUGAUUAAAUUAAUUAAUGUCGCCUCUUCAUUUCAUUAUUCUCUCUCUAUUACCUGUAACUAUCUAUAUUAAAAGCUUCUUUCCAACACCACUUCACCUCUAAGAACCAAUUCUUUCUACCUCUAUCUCUCUCAACAUGGCCAACCCUCCCUAUUCUUUUACGAUCAUAUGCUUAAGCCUAAUCAUGUCUUGCGCCUACUCUGUUCAUUCUACGCCUAACUGGCCUGGAGGGAGAACAACCAGGUUCUAUGAUUUCAAGAUUCAUACCAUGACUAUUAAUAAAUUGUGCAACACCAAGGAAAUUGUUGCUGUUAAUAAUAUGUACCCUGGACCUGUCGUUUAUGCCCAACAAGGUGAUCGAAUAAUCGUCAAAGUUACCAACGAGUCCCCUUACAAUGCCACCAUCCACUGGCACGGUGUCAGGCAGAUACUAUCUUGCUGGUUCGAUGGACCUUCAUAUAUCACCCAAUGCCCAAUUCAGCCUGGGCAGAGUUUCACUUACGAGUUCACGUUGGUUAGGCAAAAGGGCACCUUCUUUUGGCAUGCUCAUGUUUCUUGGCUAAGGGGUACAGUUUAUGGUGCCAUUGUUGUGUACCCAAAAACGGGGGUCCCAUACCCAUUUCCCCACCCUCAUGAAGAGCAUAUAGUAAUUCUGGGGGAAUAUUGGCUCCAGGAUGUUGUACAACUAGAGCGGCAAGUACUCGCAAGCGGGGGAGCCCCUCCACCCUCCAAUGCCUAUACCAUCAAUGGUCACCCUGGUCCUAACUACAAUUGCUCUGCUAAUGAUGUUUAUAAGAUCGACGUGGUCCCAGGAAAGACCUAUUUGUUAAGGCUGAUAAAUGCAGGCUUAAACAUGGAAAACUUCUUUGCAAUUGCUAAUCACAAAUUAACAAUCGUAGAAGCCGAUGCGGAGUACACAAAACCAUUCACCACUGACCGUGUAAUGCUCGGACCGGGACAGACAAUGAUCAUCCUCGUCACUGCCGAUCAGCCCAUUGGAAAAUAUUCCAUGGCCAUGGGACCUUACAUGUCAGCUCAGGGUGUCUCAUUCCAGAACAUUUCAGCAAUUGCCCACUUCCAAUACUUGGGUGCUGUCCCUAAUAGCAUUUCAUUACCAGCUAGAUUACCCAACUUCAAUGAUAAUUUAGCUGUUAAGACGGUCAUGGAUGGCUUGCGAGGCUUAAAUACUUCAAACGUUCCAAAAGAGAUUGACACUAAUCUCUUCGUAACUAUUGGAAUAAAUGUCAACAAGUGUAGCUCCAAAACACCUCAACAAAAUUGCCAAGGCCUUAAUAAUGGUACCAUGGCAGCUUCCAUGAACAAUGUAAGUUUCAUUAAGCCUACAGUUUCAGUUUUGGAAGCCUAUUACCAGGGGAUUGAGGGCUUUUUCACUGAUGAUUUCCCUGGAGCACCUCUUAGAUUCUAUGACUUUGUCAAUGGGGCACCUAACAAUAUCCCAUUUGACACAAACUCAAUGAAUGGGACUAGGACUAAGGUCCUUGAGUAUGGAAGCAGGGUGCAAAUCAUUUUGCAGGACACCGGAACGGUCACAACUGAAAAUCACCCAAUUCACCUCCAUGGCUAUAGUUUCUAUGUUGUGGGAUACGGCACCGGCAACUAUAACCCACAAAGAGCAAAUCUCAAUCUAGUGGAUCCGCCAUAUAUGAACACCAUUGGAGUUCCAGUUGGGGGAUGGGCAGCAAUUCGCUUUGUUGCAGACAAUCCGGGGGUUUGGUUUAUGCACUGUCACUUUGAUAUACACCAAUCAUGGGGAUUAGCUACGGUGCUUAUAGUGAAGAAUGGGAAAGGACACUUGGAGACUCUGCCACAUCCUCCUGCAGAUCUACCCCGAUGCUAACCUGUGGAAUUUUCAUUUUUUUAAUGAAUGUUGUGAAAUUCUUAAUCAAGGAUUCUUUUGGCGAAAGUGUGUAAUAGGAGUGGUUAAUUUCUUUCUCUGAAAAUUGUGGUGUAAAGAAGAAAAUUUCGAAUUUAGUAAAACUGCACAUUUCCCUUAA